GCGGUAGCCAAUAGGAUUCGCGUCUGAAUGCUGUGUUUCUCGUAAGCGACGCGGAGGGUUUCUGCACGCACUUGGAAGAGCGCGCAUCGCUGUUAUUGUACUUCAGAGCCCCGGUAUCUAGACAUCCACAGAAGCCGCAGAUAGAGGAGAAUCUCAGUGAGGUUGAAGAUGGGUAAAGAUCCAAAGAAGCCCAGAGGAAAGAUGUCCUCUUACGCCUACUUUGUGCAAACAUGUCGCGAAGAGCACAAAAAGAAGCAUCCUGAAGCCAGUGUUAACUUCUCUGAAUUCUCCAAGAAGUGUUCAGAGCGAUGGAGGACAAUGUCUGCCAAAGAAAAGGGUAAGUUUGAGGACAUGGCAAAGUUAGAUAAAGUUCGCUAUGAGGGAGAGAUGAAGAACUACAUCCCACCCAAGGGGGAGAAGAAGAGGCGAUUUAAGGAUCCUAACGCACCCAAAAGACCACCGUCAGCAUUCUUCGUAUUCUGUGGCGAUUACCGCUCUAAAAUUAAGGGGGAGAACCCAGGUUUGACCAUUGGAGACAUUGCUAAGAAGCUUGGAGAAAUGUGGAACAGCUCAUCGGCUGAAGUAAAGCAGCCCUAUGAGAAGAAGGCUGCCAAGCUUAAGGAGAAGUAUGACAAGGAUAUUGCCCUAUACCGCACAAAGGGAAUUGCAGGCUUGUCCAAAAAAGACGAUGACGAGGAGGAUGAAGAUGAAGAUGAGGAGGAAGAAGACGAGGAUGAUGACUAGGUUCUUGUCCAUGCCAUAAUUGUAUACGGUUCACAUCUUCAAACGUAAUGCAGCAGAAACGAGAAUUGUUAGGCUGUGUAUAUGCGACGUUUUUAAGAUGUACAGUGUUAUUCUCCUUUUGUAAAGUUAACACUAUGUGUCUUCAGACUUAUACGUUUUUCCUUUUUUAGUGGUAGUUCUUGUCAUGAACAGUUUAAGAGUUAUAUGUUAUGAAUUGAACGGUUCCUCUGAAGGUGCAUAGCACAAUUAUCUUGUUUAUGUAGAUCUGUAGUGCACUAUCAUAUUCGUUUUUAAAAACAUUUUCCGUAUUUGGUGUCAUGGGGUUCUUGAACUGUACUUUGAAUACCACUCUAAUCACAAGACUGCAGCUUUGUUUGACAUUCAAGAAUGUGUCUGAAGUAAAAAUUUCUUUUUUUAGAAAA